CGUUGUCAUCUGUAUGUCAAGAGCCUCAAUCCCUGAGCAAAUGGGAGAGCAAAUAAUCCUUCCGUUCUCGUCCGCGCCAUCUCUCCUUCAAGGCUCCGUGUCUACACUCUUUCGGCAUGGAGUGCGUCGUGCAGCCACCCCUGCCGCCGCUCCCGGCGUAUGCGGCAGAUAUCAAGAAUCCCAACGCUUCUCUUACCGAAUACACGCGCGGCAUGAUGUCGCCCACCCACAAAUCGUCUAUCGCCGGCCGUUCGGGAGCGUGGUUUAUAUCCUCUCUCUUGCUCGUCCUUGUCCCACUUGCAGGACUGGCCUUGCCCCUCGCUCUUUUCGGAAAACGCAUUUUUGGCCCCCAUAUCAAUACCAUUCAGCUUUCCUUUGCUAUAGUACUACUCUACAUUGAGCUCCUUGUCGCCAUUUUCUCUGCCAUCCUUUUUCUUUUCCCCAAUUUCUUUGCAUACCACCGGAUAUCAUCAGCCGUUUGUCCUCCUCGACGGCAUCGAUCACACUGGUCAUUUAUGUCUCUACGACGUCUUCGAAGGCUCAUUCGGGUGGAUUCCUAUUCAAUCCUUUUGCGUGGGACACAGGGCGGGACAGCAUCCUUCGUCGUGGACUCGACGACAACUGUCGGGCAGCUCAAACAACAGCUCAUCGCGAGACAUCACGUUCCCGAUGACUGCUGGGCCUACCGCCGGGCCGUGCUCAUCAAGCCCGGGCGUCGCCUGCCCCUGUGCUCUUGGGAGACCAUGGCUGAGAUCGGAGUAGGGGCUGGAGCGCACCUUGAGCUUCGCUUCCUAUGCAUCGGCGGAGAUCCUGGUGAGUUCUUACAGCUCUCCUCUGCAUUCAAGUGCUGAUAGCACGACAGGCUCUCCUUCGACAAGCGCAGACGUCGACAUCGGGAGUACAGGCAAGCCAUCGGAGGAUCGUGACAAGCCAGGUGCGUAGUUAUGGUCCGAAAGUCAGCUCCAAACUUCAUUGAGGCUUGCCC